AUGGAAAUAACUGAAUUGGAGACUCUGGCAUGUGAUUGUAUAUCCCCGCAGCACUGCCACACAGACCAAAACCAAAAUCAAGUCUCUGGCAUUAGCCUCCCCCCCGUCUCUCUCCCUCGCUCUAUCUCUUGUUUCUUCAUAAGAACGGUGACUGUGUGAAGGAGGAGGAGGAGGAAGAAGAAUAACUGGGAAGAGAUGGAAGAGAGUCUUCUAGCAAAAGACAGAGAGGAGAAAGCGGAGAGGCUACUCACAUGGGUCAGUUGGAGUCAAGAAGUGAAGAGAAUCGGUUACAUAGCAGGACCAGUCAUUCCUGUUCUCUCUUCCCAGUUCUUUCUUCAGAUUAUUUCAAUCAUGAUGGCUGGUCACCUCGAUGAGCUCUCUCUCUCCGGCACCGCCUUAGCCGUCUCCAUCGCCAGCGUCACCGGUUUCAGUUUCCUCGUGGGAAUGGCAAGUGGGCUAGAAACUCUGUGCGGGCAAGCUUAUGGAGCUAAGCAGUAUAAAAAGCUAGGAAUGCUAACAUACACUGCCACAUUUUCUCUCAUACUAGUUUGUGUUCCACUUUCUGUCGGUUGGAUCUACAUGGAAAAGAUCCUAGUUUUCAUAGGUCAAGAUCCUCUGAUUUCACACGAAGCCGGCAAGUUCACAACGUGGCUUGUUCCUUCACUUUUUGGAUCUGCAUUUCUGCAACCUCUGAUCAGAUAUUACCAGAUGCAAAGCUUGGUUGUUCCCAUGCUCAUAAGCUCUUGUACCACUCUUAUACUCUAUAUUCCUCUUUGUUGGGCUUUGGUGUUCAAGUCUGGGCUUAACAGCGUUGGAGCAGCAGUGGCAAUUAGUAUUUGGAUAUGGGUAAAUGUGAUUGUUCUCGCAUUAUACAUGAAAUUCUCUUCUACUUGUGCACAGACAAGAGCUCCUCUUUCCAUGGAGCUUUUCAGAGGAACUGGGGAGUUCUUGAGAUUUGCUGUUCCUUCUGCAGUUAUGAUGUGCCUAGAAUGGUGGUCAUUUGAGUUGCUGAUUUUGCUGUCUGGGCUAUUGCCAGAUCCACAGCUUGAAACUUCAGUUCUAUCUGUAUGUCUCAACACCCUCUCUACAAUCUAUACCAUUCCUUAUGGAAUUGGAGCUGCAGCAAGUACAAGGAUUUCAAAUGAAUUAGGAGCUGGCAAUCCAAAUACUGCGCGAAUGGCUGUGCUUGCAUCAAUGUCUGUAGCAGUGUUAGAGACAACAGUCAUAAGUGCAACACUCUUUUUCUGUCGUCGUCUUUUUGGUUAUAUUUUCAGCAACGAGAAGGAAGUUGUUGAUUAUGUGACUGUCAUGGCUCCUCUGGUUUGUGUCUCUGUUAUAUUGGACGGCUUACAAGGUGUUCUCACAGGGAUUGCUAGAGGAUGUGGAUGGCAACACAUUGGGGCUUAUAUCAAUCUUGGAGCCUACUAUCUUUGUGGCAUUCCACUGGCUGCUACGUUGAGUUUCUGGGUAAAGCUGAGAGGAAAAGGCCUUUGGAUUGGCAUUCAAUUUGGCUGUUUUGUGCAGACUGUUCUUCUCUCAAUCAUUACAUGCCGUAUAAAUUGGAAACAACAGGCCAUCAAUGCAAGGAGGAGGCUUUUUGAAGAAAAGUUUGCAAUGGAAAAUGGACUUGGAUGAGCAGUCGGCGCGCCCCCCCCCCCCCCCAAAAAAAAGAACUAUUUUUCUCCACCCCCACUUUUUUCCUUUUUUCUGGCAGAAGAUAUGAACUAUUUUUCAUCCUCAAUUUCUUAUACUCUUAAUUUUGGAAAAUAGAUGUAGAGAAUAUGCAAGUUUAUAUUAUUCAAUGCAAGGCCUACCACUGUUGGGAAAAAAAAUACAAGGCCUACCACUUAGAAUUC